CUUUUUAUUUCUUUCAAUAAUCAAAGACCAUGGAGAAGCAAAUAUUUGGCAUUUUGGUACUCUCAGGUUUGCUCUAUCUGUCAUCCUCCUCUCAUCUUCUUCGUGUUUACUAUUUCAUCAAUAACCCCAAAACUUGGCCUGAAGCCCAACAAUACUGUCGGGACACAUACACGGACUUGGCCACCGUCAGUGACUGGGCAGACACUUACAAGCUGUCUAGUCUGAUGACUGCUAGUGUUCCAUACGUCUUCAUGGGUUUAUGUCGAAACUGGGGUUGGUCAGUGCCGGACGUUAAUGGCUACAAAGAGGCAGCGCUGACUUACUCAAACUGGGGAAGUGCUCCAGGUUGGCAGCUGCUUUGUGGGAAGAUGACAGGAACAGGACAAUGGUUCGCUAUAGACUGCAGCUCCACUUUGUUCUUCUUCUGCUAUAACGAGUCUGCCACUAAUAUUGCUGAAAGGUUUACUUUGAUCGAGACUUUACAAACUUGGGAUGUGGCACAGAACUACUGCAUCAGCCUGUACACAGACCUGGCCAAGAUACAGAACCAGCUGGAAAACGCGCAGCUGCAGAUGAUGCUGGACGGCGGCGACGCCUGGAUCGGCCUGACGGGGUUGUCCUGGCAAUGGUCAGAUUACAGCAUACCCUCAUUCAUCCCCUGGAAACCACAGGAGCCAAUGUUAGGGGGGGUCCUCGACUGUACCGCGCUCCAUUUCGGCGGUACUAGUUUUGGAAUGCUGGAUGCAAAUUGUUACACACCAGAGACCUUUUUUUGCUACUCCGCUGCAGAAGCGAGACAACGCGUGAGACUGCAACUGAACUCCUCUGCGGACAUGAAGGACCCUGCGGUGAUCAUGUCCAUUCUCAGACAAAUUGAAGAGAUGCUGAGAAAAGCCGCUGGAUCUCUGUAUGUAAAUCUGAUGUGGACAAAGCUUCCAGAGGCACAACAUGAAACACAAGCAAAGGAAACCGCGUGCUGAAAUACAUAUGGAGCAUAAUGAUGCCUUAAAAUGUUUAUUAACAAUAUGUGCAAGCAAUAAUAAAUCUCAAUAUUACAAAUGUGCAACGCUAGUAGUAUAUAAUAGAAUAGAAGCCUAUUUUUUGAUUCACAUAAACUUAGUUAUAAUGAGCUUAUAUGGUUUUGUGUCGAGCUGUACUUCUCUGGAUCAUUUACAAAUUUUUCUAAGCAUUAAAAAUGAGUUAUUACAUUUGAAAUUCAGUAUCCAGGUCAGAGAACAGUAGAUUUCCAUGUGAUUUGCUUUUCAGGAUCCAGGCUUUAAGAUUAUUCUGCAGAUUGCAAGCAGCGUCAAAGCAAUUCAAAUCAAAUUAAAAUGGGUCAGACUUUGUUUAGGAAAGAAGGGACAGUGAUUUUAUUAUUGGCCUGGAUGCCUGAGGGACGGCUGUUAUUUGCAUUAGGGUUUUUGUAGGUACACCUGUUUCUUCAUUUUUACUGUAGUUUGAGAAUUUGAAGAAAUUAUUCAGUAGGUUUAAAAAAAACCUGUUCCCUGAGCUUACUACAUAGCCAUUUUUAACUUUUUAUCCAAUUUAAACUUUUUAUUAUCUCUUUAUUUCUUUAUUUCAGUGUAUAUCAUUUGAUAUUUAUUUUUAUACACCCUACUUUGACAGUCCUGAAUAGCAGAUAGUUUUGUUCAUGGCUUUUCUUAUUAUGCUUCAUAGCAAGUGUAAUCUGUGCCACCAUGUUAAAAGUCUGAGUGCACUUGUACAUGGUCAGUGUCACCAUUUUAUUCAACUACCAUUUCACUGCAAACCACAAUGUUCCACCAGCCAAAUAAAAUAUGUUUGCAUCAUGAACAAGCUUUUAACAAAAUGAUUUGUAAAUUGAAUUUAUUUUGGUUGAAUACAACAACAGCCUGUUUCAGUCAAAUGUAAACAAAGCAGUUGAUGCACCUUGUUAAGAGUCAUUCAUACAGUAUCUGACUGACCAAGAAGCCACUGAAUGUGGUGUGAUGCAACGGGAGCGAUGAUGAGACACAGUUCCUCAUCUAUUGAUGUAAUUACCUGUGGCUUUGUGGUAUUGCAGGCAUUUCCAUUGUGUGUAACCACUGUGUAGUAAGUGAGAGGGACCACUGUGGUGAAAAAUUUUCCAUAAAGAAGUAGAUGAGAGAGAGUUGUCCUUUUGUGCGAUUUAUUGAAAUAAUAAAGAAAAUAAAAAUAAUGGGGAAAGCAAAUAAAAAGCAUGGAUGUUGAUCGUGCACAUCAACAAACCAAAAACCAGCUGGGGAGAUCAGUGCACACACCACGAAGGUGUGAUGCAAAGAGCCCACGAUCCUCAAGUUGCUUCUGCCUUUUAGCUUCUCUGUCCGACUAGGGUGGAAUGUCUUUCUAACCCAAUCAAAUUACAUGCACCAUCUCCUCCCUGUCGCAGUGUGUGUGAAGAUAUUUACAUUCUCACACCUGCAUUGCUGACAUCCAACUAUCUGUGAGAAAGGAGCACCAAGUCUCAACAGACAGAGACACAACUCCCCGACCUUGGGUUUGGGAGCUAGAGUUGAGAGUCUAUCAGGCAGAGACAACCAUUGAACAAUGUAGGUGAACUGUCAAAUGCAUACAGUAAGACAAAACAUAAGAUAUUAAUUGCAGAACAUAAGUCAUAAAUCAUAUAAUAACUGCAUAGAAGUAAGGAAGACACAUAGAAAUAAGGAAGAGACAAUUU